UCAUAAUUUAAACGAAUCGGAGGACGUACGCAGCCUAAAUUAGCCAAUCUAAUAGCGUUUCUUUAAACAUGGUAGGCGGAUCUAAGGCGGGCAGUUAGGUUGUCCCAUUGCCGAUAUUGCACUACUGUCCUCUGGAAAUUUCAACAAUGGGCAGUGUGUUAGCUGCAAGUCCCCAGAAUGCCCCCCCUGCUACAAGCAGCAGUGGUUCAGGGGGACUGGUGUCAGUACCUCCAGGGUUCACCAUGCCCCCAGUCUCCUCCCUCUCACCCUCUGGCAUUGGCAGCACAACCUCUGUCCAGCAGAGCGGCGACACUGAAGGUUCUUUACCCAACCCAGGCACCUUUGAAGAAUGUCAUCGCAAGUGUAAAGAAAUUUUCCCUUUGCAAAUGGAUGGAGUGAAGCUGGUGGUGAACAAGGGCUUGAGCAAUCAUUUCCAGGUCUGCCACACCAUUGCACUCAGCACUUUGGGAGACUCCAGCUACCGGUUUGGUGCCACCUAUGUUGGGACCAAGCAGACUGGACCUGCUGAGUUCUUCCCGGUCUUGGUGGGAGACAUGGACAACAGUGGAAGUCUGAAUGCCCAGGUCAUUCAUCAGCUCACCAGCAGGAUUCGUUCUAAGAUGGUCUUCCAGACACAACAGCAAAAGUUCAUGAACUGGCAGUGUGAUGCUGAGUACAAGGGAGACGAUUUCACAGCUACUGUUACACUUGGGAACCCAGAUGCCCUCGCAGGCUCUGGGAUAUUGGUUACACAUUACCUCCAGUCCAUCACCCCGUCCCUGGCUCUGGGUGGAGAGCUGGUCUAUCACAGGAGGCCAGGAGAAGAGGGCGCGGUGCUGUCCCUGGCAGGAAGGUACACAGGCAGUAAUUACAUUGCCACGCUGACUGUGGGUGGAGCCGGUGCCCAUGCCUCAUACUACCAUAAAGCAAACGAUCAGCUGCAGGUGGGGGUGGAGUUCGAGGCAAGCACGCGGAUGCAGGACACAAGUGUCUCAUUUGGCUACCAGCUGGACCUCCCCAAAGCCAACCUUCUCUUUAAAGGUUCUUUGGACAGUAACUGGGUGAUUGGUGCCACCCUGGAGAAGAAGCUGGUUCCCCUGCCGCUCUCACUGGCUUUGGGUGCCUUUCUCAACCACCGAAAGAACAAGUUUCAGUGUGGCUUUGGUGUCACCAUUGGAUAGAGACACAGCCAUGGGUGCUGGGGGGCGAGGAGGGGGGGGGGGUGAAGCCUGCGCAUGAACUGACGCAGAGAGGCAGGGACGGACUUUACUCCGCAGAAGGAACGCCGAAACCUUAAGGACAGCGACGUGUUAAAGGAUGGACUUCGGCUGUGACUCUCCAGAAGCGGGCACAUGACCGGCAUGGAUAUCAGUCCUCCCUCCUGAUUAAAUCUGUCAUUGCAGCUCCGUGCAGAAUUCACACUCACCUCGAGUUGCAUCAAGGAAAAGCCUUGCAUCAUUUGUUUAAAAAUUAAGUUUUACAUAUUUGCAUAAAAUAUAUUUUGAGUCACUAUAAUUUGAGAUUUGUGAAUGCAGCAGAGUAUGCCUGUUGUAUUUGGGUAGGUAAACCAACCAGUGUGGCACCACCAUUUAUGUUUUAUAAUUGAAUGUGAGAAGUUGCGGGUCAACAGUCUAAUGGAAUUUGCGUCGUUCCCAGUUAAAACCAGAACCUUUUCCAGCCCCGUAACUCUGAACAAUUGAUUUGGUAUAGCCUGGUUGUGUAGAAGGAUCCGUCGUCUUCAUCUUGAUCGUGAGACUUUUAUCAGUCAUGGGAACUUCGUGUGUGUGAACUGCCUCUAAAGAUGGAGUCAUAGUGGAUUUGAUGGACUGUGUGCACACAGUCAAUAGCAGUUAUAGUCAGAUAUAAUUAAUAGAAUCAAAAGAUGGUUUGCUCUGUCUCUGUAUACAUGUAUCUGUGAUUCAGAUUUGAAUGAUACUUCAAUUCCCUAACACACAGGGCCCCUGUCAUUAAAAAAAAAUCCAUAAUAUGCAUGGAAAAAAAUUGGAACAUAAAUGAGUUUUCCAGUAAUAUGGCACCCCCUUCCCGAAAAUAUAAGCUCUCAAUCUACUUUGAUCUGAAGUAUUUCUUAUUCCAACUUGAAGGUAGAAACAGAAACAGGCAUGUUCUCUAUAAUGGUCUAACAAGCUCAUAGUUUUGUGAGGACCUCUAGGGGUUGUCUUUGAUACUGUCACUAGUCUCCCAUCUCUCCAGCUCUCCCACAGAGUGGAUUUAACUGCUCUUUGCAGGGUUGUGGGUCAUGGUGAAGAUUCCCAUUUCAGACACUAUAAAGAAGACGGUUUUAUUGCCUAAUUGUU